GCAUUGGAAAGUCGGUCAGUGUGCUGUUGUCCGACCAGCGAGCACGAGUUCGAGCGCGAGCGCAUACCGUAUACACCUUCGACGUGGAAGCCGAAGAACUCGACAACUGCGUACAACUUUGCGCGCGUACUGUCUGCACUCAUAUCGAAGAGAAACGACGUUGCGACCGCGUUAAGUUUGUUCGACCAAACGCGACUACUUACGUGCAAGUUCACGUACGCGUACGUGCGGGCAUUAGAAUAUAAAAAAACUAAGAGUGCGCCUUCUUGUGCAUUGGAGAAAAGAGGAAACUUCUCGGGAAUUUCCAGCGACUAUUGACGAGUUGGAAAAACUUUACACUUUACACACUUGUGGACUACUUCGAUGCUAUAAAAAACAUAAACAAUGAGACCGUUUGAGUGGUCUGCAUUGUUAGGAGUGCUACUUUUCCUGGCUACAACAACGAUUACCGCAGCGAAAAGGAGUAAAGGCAAUGGUGAUGUAACUGCAGAGGACAAGUGUCCAAAGUUGGACGAAUGUCCUUAUAAUGCGCAAAAUUGUGACGAAGACCUGGAUUGCAGCUCGGACAGCAUAUGUUGCGACAGUCCAUGUGGAAAGGUGUGCAGCAAGCAGUUGAAUACAGGAUGUCGUACCCUACGCAGAGCAGCAUCACGUCGUGCAAAGUCGCUUGGCGUUGACAAGAAGAGUGUCCGCAUGCCGCGAUGCAGCAAAGACGGAAGCUUUGAACGUAUUCAGUGUAACAACGAAAUCGUGAGUUCAUGCUGGUGCGUUGAUGAAACGGGCUUUGAGCUGCCUGGCACCCGCGCUCCGGCUGCGGCAUUAGUCAAUUGCACCGCACCAAAACUGUGUGCAGCUCAUACGUGUCGCAUGUUCUGCCCUCAUGGAUUUACUUUAAACAAAGAUGGCUGCCCAUUGUGCAAGUGUCGUGAUCCAUGCGAUGACAUUCAAUGCCCAGACGCGUUAUCUUGCCAACUUGAGGACCUCGCUUGUAAAGAUCCACCAUGUCCACCAAUACCUACAUGUAAACGUGGUAGAAGUUUGGACAAUAUUUGCCCGGUGGGUGAUCCAUUAAGGAUAAGUGAUACAGUUCGUCCUUUCUUGUGUGGCAACGAUGCUACUAAACCCAGUUGCCCACCUAUGUACAGAUGUCUAGUCCAACCGGGAAAUGACUACGGUGUGUGUUGCCCUGCUUCUUUGCAAAUUCAAAAAGCUGGCACGUGCCCAGCUAAGCAUGAAGAAGUAUAUGAGUGCGGCAUGAUGUGCUCUCACGACUUGGAAUGUCCCUCGGUGCAGAAGUGUUGUAACACUGAGCAGUGCGGGUCAUCAUGUGCUCAUCCGCGUAAUGUAACUGAAUGCAUUCAUCAACGGGCACUCUCCGAGGUGCUGGCAGUGAGUGAACGUGCGGGUCGAGGCUACAUCCCACAAUGUUCCACCGACGGUCAGUUUGAACCGAAGCAAUGCAGCCGCAAUGGAUUAAUCUGUUGGUGUGUGGAUCGCAUGGGAAGAAAAAUGAAGGGAUCCAUGGGACCUGCUGAGAGCACAAAUUGCACUUUGACGGAUGCGCGUUCACAAACCUUGGGACGCAGCAUUGGCACGAAGACAAAGCGUUGCGAAAGGCUUGACUGUGCUGCCAUUUGUGAGUAUGGAUUCAAACUAGACGACGAUGGAUGUCCCACAUGUAAGUGCGAUGAUCCUUGUGAGGGCUACAAAUGUCCAGAAGAUGAAGAGUGCAUUACUGUCAAAGAGUCAAGUUGCUUAGACUUUUUGUGCCCAUCUUUACCUGUUUGUCGUCCAAAACAAGUUUACACAAAUCCGUGUAAAAAAGGUACCCCAAUGACCGAUGAUUUAAGUGGUGCCCCAAUUGCCUGUGCGUUGAGGGAGGAUGAUGGUGCACUUUGCCCAGAUACACAUGAAUGUAGCGCUGUGCCAGGAUCUACUCAAGCUGUUUGCUGUCCUUUAGAAGGUAGCGAAGAACAUGUGGAGGAAACUAUGACAGUGGCAGCGAAUUCAAAUGCCAAUACUGAAGCUAGAGCUCAAACCAUGUGCGAAUAUUUAUUCAGUUUUACGGAUAGUAUGGAAGGAACACGCGAGGGUAUGACCAUUGCAUUACCGCAACCCCAGUGCGAUACUGAAGGAAAUUACCUGGCAUCUCAAUGUAGUCAAGAUGAAUGCUGGUGUGUUGAUCAUUACGGCACAGAAAUACCAAAAACUCGUGGAAAAUCGCAAGCACUAAAAAAUUGUACAGAAAUAUGGGAAACUUCCGAAUGUCUCGAUUUAACUUGUCGCAUGGGUUGUGAUUACGGAUUCGUCUUAGAAGACGAUGGUUGUCCUAGUUGUCAAUGUCGUGAUCCGUGCGCGACUGUUGCAUGCAACCAAGAUGAACAUUGCCAACUUGUAGAGGUGAGUUGUAAAGAUCACUACUGUCCUCCAGUACCCGCAUGUCUUCCAAAGAAGAUAGGGCAAUGCCCGUACUUGGUCCCAGCCACCGGUAGCACGACCUGCGAUUUUGCAUGCAACUCAGAUUUAGCCUGUAAUGGCACAUUAAAGUGCUGCUCGAAUGGCUGUGGCACGCAAUGUGUUGAUCCACUGCUGUUGACCGGGUGCCAACACGCAAGAAUCGUUGCCGAGCAUCAGGCGCAUGAGAGUGGUAUGCCCGCUGGAAGGGUUUAUAUUCCCAAGUGUAAGGAGGAUGGCGAAUACGCAAUCAAACAAUGUAAUCCUGGCACGGGUGAGUGUUGGUGCGUUGACUUCCGUGGUUUUGAAAUUUCACAGAGUCGAACAAAGAAACCACUUGACUGCGAGACAUUCGAAAGUAACAAAUGUCCAAUGUAUAAAUGCUCUGCUGAUUGUGAACAUGGCUUUGAGUUGGACGAGAAUGGAUGUCGUACUUGUCGUUGCAUCAACCCGUGUGAGAAAAUGAAGUGUCGUGAAGACGGAGAAUCAUGCCGUCUUGUUGAAGUAGAGUGCACCAACUGGCCAUGUCCGCCUGUUCCAAUGUGUUUGCCGAAAAAGGAAAAUCCGUGCCAAUCUGGGGAACCAUUGCGCAUGGGAAAUGAACAAGUAAAUUGUGGUCCGGACUACGAUAGUUGUCCAUCUUCUCAUAAAUGCGAACUAUCUCCUAUUGGGGAGUAUGCUGUUUGCUGCCCAAAACCACGAGAUGUUUGUUUUGAACCAUUUGAUGCGGGCGUUUGUGAUAAUGAAGAAAACAUCAAAAAUCUUACUAGAUAUCACUUCAAUUCAAGGACAAAUAAGUGUGAACUCUUUAGUUUCACAGGUUGUCAAGGCAACCAUAAUAAUUUUCACUCGGAAGAAAUGUGCAACGCAGUUUGCCCAGUGCUUAGCCAAUGCGAACGCCUCAGAGAAAAGAAUCAACGCGCAUCCGAGCGAUACAAUAAACCCACGUUUAUGCCUAAAUGUGAUUCAAAUUCUGGAAACUGGGAAAAUGUUCAAUGUCUUGAUCAUGUCGGCGUUUGCUGGUGUGUUACACCGCAAGGAGAACCUUUGAAAGGUACUUUGACACGGGGUGCUCAACCCGAAUGCAACUUCAGGCAGGCCAGAAAUAGAGCGCGUGAUCGCAGUGAUGUAUUCAACGACGCAGAUUUGGUUUUGGAAGAACUAAUGAUGCAACUAGGUAAUCUCGAAGAAGAAGAGCAACAGCAGAAUGACAUGAGUUUGGUAGACUGGGAGUUACCGUUGAGAACGCGCUGCGAAGCAUUGGGGGCUAAAUGUGAUCGUGAUGGAAAGUUUCACCCUGCACAAUGCGAAGAUGAAACAUGCUGGUGUGUAGAUGAGGCUGGCAAUCAGUUAAUUAACACCAGCACUUUCAAAAAAGGAGAACAUAUUUGCCUACCGACGCCUAUUGAACAGAUUGAAGUUACUUUAGGAAUCCGCGGUGAAUAUGAUGACAUUACAGCGGUACCAGUGGCAAAUCAAAUUGCUAAAAUUAUAAGAAAUAUGAAAGGAUUGUUCACGCCUGAGGGCGUAACAAGUGAUAUUACUUCUGAUGUUCUAUACGUCAAAUUUGGUUUAAUUGGUAGUAAAAAAGUUGAUGUGGCUUACCGUCUCGAACAAAUGAUUAUACAACAAAGAUUGCCAGGCAUAGUAGCAGAUAUCACUCGAUCGAGAUUUAUCCACAAGCUGGGUAACAGUGAGCCAACAAUGGCGGAUAGGGUUGUGGCUUUGGAGCACCGUGAAAUCGUUUCACAGUCGCCAGUAUCCGUAGUAACACAUUACCAUACAGCCAUCAUUGUUAUUGCGGCUGCCUCAGCAUUCGUAAUUUCAGUAUUAACAUUGUUGGUGAUCUUGUACAAAAGGAAGAUGGCGGCACUGAAUCGUCAAUCGGAGAAAAUCGUUGAAGAUAAUCAACGAUUUUUAUCAUUAAAUCGGCCGAUCUAUAUCGAAUUACCACACGAGAAGAUUGGGCUCGAAACGGAGACUGCAGCUGAACCAAGAGCCUAAAUUAAUAUAUUGCAUUUUGGCUAUUACUCAUUACAAUGCUACUUAGUCGCUUCUGCCAAGGGAAUAAAGAUCUACUUGUUCUAUGUUUGCAGUGGCUUUAGAAACCCAUUUUAAAGAUUAUUUAUUUAUAAGGUUCUUUAUUCGUUUUUUUCCAGUUUGAUUUCAUUAGCUUUUUAUUCUUUUGGCAAUAUUGAUGAAAAUGCAGUUAUUUUGAAGUUACAAAAAGGCGUACUAUUUUCAUUAUAAUUAAAGAUUAAUGUAUUAUUCUUUAAGUUGAUAAAUUGUGUAAAUAAAAUUUUCCCAUAUAUGAGUAAAUAUAA